CGCUGUGACAAGAGGAACCGAGGGAGUUCAGGAGAUCAGAGGCAAAGCAGCAGUUUCCUCUCUUCUGGGAAACCAGAUGACCUUCUUCAAAGUGAUAAUGUAAACAGCUAUCCAACAACGGCUGGAAUCGUGGGAGUUUGAAAUAAAACGUGAAGAAUUCUCCUGCAGGAUAAGUGUAUGAACAGCCAUCAAUAGAAAGAGUGGGAGGCCUUGCAGCGAAGACAUGAGUUUGGUGGAUGUGAGGCAGACGGUGGGGUCUCUGACCCUGUCCCUGUCCAGCAACGACUCCAAGGAGCGCUACUUUGACCGCGUGGACGAGAGUGACCCUGAGUACCUCCGUAGCAAGAACAUGUCACCGGACCUGAGGCAGGACUUUAACAUGAUGGAGCAAAAGAAGAGGGUUACCCAGAUCCUGCAGAGUCCAGUGUUUAAAGAUGAGUUAGAAGGCCUGAUUCAGGACCAGCUGACAAAGGGCAACAAUCCUACGGGUCUCAUGGCACUGAGACAGAUUGCUGACCUGGUCAUGGCCAGCUCCUUGGGAGGGGCUGGACCUUUGACUUCACCCAUCAGCAUUGGGAUGGUGACCCCAGUCAAUGACUUGUAUGGCAUAGAGUCUCCCUCCUUUGCCAAAGGGGAGAAACAGAGUCGCUGUAAGCUGGCCAGCCUCUACAGGCUCGUUGACCUCUUCCGCUGGGCUCGCUUUACAAGCUCCUACAUUACUGUACGUGUCAGUAAAGAGCAGGACCACAUUCUCAUCAGUCCACAAGGUCUUUCUUUUGCUGAGGUGACAGCAGCAAAUUUGGUAAAAGUCAACAUAAUUGGUGAGGUUGUAGACCAGGGUUCUACCGAUCUGGGCAUUGACCAGUUUGGAUUUGCUCCUCAUUCUGCAAUUUACUCAAUGCGCCCUGAUGUGAGAUGCAUCAUCCAUGCGCACACUCCAGAUACAGCUGCUGUGUCCUCGAUGAAAUGUGGAAUCUUGCCCAUUUCCCAAGAGGCUUUGCUUCUGGGAGACGUGAGCUGUUUUGGUUACCAUGGCAGCCUGGAUGAUAAAGAGACAAAGGUGGAGUUUCAGAAAGCUCUGGGCCCGACUGCCAAGUUGAUGAUCCUGAGGAACCAUGGGGUUCUGGCAUUGGGAGAAACAGUAGAAGAAGCUUUCCACUAUAUGUACCACUCACAGCUAGCCUGUGAGAUCCAGGUGAAUUCAUUGAGAUGUUCAGGCGGCGUGGACAACCUCGUUCUCCUGGACAGGGAGAAGUUUAAACCCCUGACCCAGGGAGUGGCGGCCGCUGGGGUCGUCAUAGACAAUGAGGUCAAGUGGAAAAUAGGCGAGGCAGAGUUCGAGUCUCUUAUGAGGAUGCUAGACAACCUGGGAUACAGAACAGGCCACUCGUACCGGAACCCCAUUGUCCGCGAAAAACCCCGUUCCAAGAAUGACGUCGAAAUCCCUGCCACAGUGUCAACUGUGCCACCUGAAGACAGUGAGCUGGGUCUGCGCAGCCCCUUCAAGUUUAUGGUGCAGAAACAGCAGCGAGAAAGGACCCGGUGGCUCAACUCACCCAACAGCUACUUGAAGGUCAACGUUCCUGAACAGUCACCGAGCGGGGACGUCAGCCCGAGGACAAAAACCAUGUGGAUGAAGUCCUCACAGCCAGGUUACAGUGUUGGCACCCCAAUAAAGAUUGAAGACCCUAACCAGUUUGUCCCACUCAACACGGAUCCCACUGAGGUUUUGGAUAAGAGGAACCGGAUAAAAGAACAGCACAGAGGCGACCAGAUGACCCCAGGACCAAAAUCUCAGUUACUGGCAGGCAUUGUUGUGGACACCAUCCCAGGACCAGCUUUCAUCAUUGAGGAUGAGGCGCAAACCCGUUCUCUUCCCCCCAACCCUUUCAAUGAUCUCACAGAGAAGGAGCUGGAAGAAUACAAGAACAUGGUAGAAAGAAAGCAGCAAGGCCAAGAAGAAGAUGAUGAUGCAACUGAUGCAGAUGAGAUGACCACGUUUGAUGGCUCUACUAUCUCCCUCUCCCUCUCUCCCAUAAUGACGCCAGCUAAACAAGACUCAAUACCCAAUGGGAAAGACCACUUGGCAGAGAUGGAGGAGGAUCUGAGCAUCGAGGUAUCCAAGCUGAGCGUGAGCACUUCAGAAACGGUGGAAAUCUCCAUUACAACGAAGGAGAAGACAGAGGAGGCUCAGACCCCGGAGAGCCAAACCAAGUCCCCCAAGAAAAAGAAAAAGAAGUUCCGCACACCUUCGUUCUUGAAGAAGAGCAAGAAAAAGAAGGAGGAGAAAGAAAAACCAGAAGCAUGAGCGAAGUUACUCUAAAAGCAAUGAAAACAUCAGAAUCGCCUUUCUAAUUUUCAGUUUGCUGAAGUGAAAUAAGAGAAAUGGCUGGAUCAUUUAGUGAGAGAGCCUCCCAGGACAUUUUUUUGUAUUUGAACAUGCAGUUCCCAUAAUUCACAGCUAUUAGUCCAUGUGAAACUUUUUCAAAGAUGUGCCAGUAGAUGGUAAUGUGGAAGGUUUAAUUUCCUGUGAGGUUUUGUGUUUGACCACAGAGGGCUAAGUAAAGUUACAUCGAAUCAAAAUGCAAUGCAGGACUGCAUUUUUUUUUUAUUUCUUUUUUUUCUUGCCCAUAUUUUUUUUUUCUUUAUGGGGUUUAGAAAUGGGUAUCACAGGAGACGAGAUUUGGGGGUGGGAGGUUGACUCAGACCCCCAGAGAGCCAAACCAAGGCCAAAGCUUUGAAGUUAAAGGAUGCAUUUGAUUGGACCUGUUAAAUAUUUGUGAUUUUUUUUUUUUUUUUCCCUUUUUGCACAAGUUCAUUGUUGAAUGUAUACUGACAGCUAGGAAAAUUGUUUAACAAUUUUAAAAUUUAACUUCCAUACCAGUAGUGUAAGAGUGGCUGAAGAUAUUCAAACUAUACGAUGGUUAGACUUAUAAGAAGUACGAUUUAUAUCGGAACAUAGUCAUAGUUCUACUACCUUGUAAUAAUAUAUGUUGGUUUCUAUUAUAGGUAUUAACAUUAUAGUGUUUGAUAGAUGAUUUCUAUGUCUAUUUACAUACUAACUCUUAUACACAGUGAAUGAUAAUUCAGUAAUAAUUCAUGUAGUUUUAACAUUACUGUGGUAUUGUUCCCAUGGUCGCUGCUUUAUUGUAAUUGUGACAAGGAAUUGACUGUGACUAUCAGAAAGAGCUCGGCAAAGCGAGGAUGACUCCGUGUUGUUUAGGGAGUGACGAAGCUCGGCUUUUACAGAACUGAUGGGAAAUCGGUUGAUUGAAAGUGCCGUGUCUGCGCUGCAGAAAGUGAAAUGAAUGUGAUGGAUGUUUUGGCAGAUUUUGUCCAAAUAGUCAGCUGAUGGCAGUAUGAUGUGGAAAGCUUUUCUUUGUAGCCACUGUUAGUUUGAUAUAAAGUAUAUUAGACGGCCCUAUAUUUACAUCCCAGUCAAUAAUGUGAACUGUUUAAACCCAAAGGGAGUGAAUUCUUUGCCUUUGUAAAUAGUUUUUUGUGAAGUUCUUUUGUUACUCUAAACCAAAUGUUAAACAAUGUGACAGUACAAUCUAAUAACAAUAUUUUAACACUUCCUUUAUGGUUUUUUUUUUUUUUUUUUUUUUACCCACCUUAAUUAAGCUCAUUUACUGAACAUGCAGAGCGCUUUGUGUUUACAAACUGUAUUACUUAUGGAAUUAGUGUGCUUAACGCUGUUCUUCCUCUGUUGUUUACAUUGCUUUUGUAUCGCCUAGUUUUUUGUUUGUUUGUCAUGACAGUCACCUUGCGUCAGAGUCAGUCUUUUAAAAAUGCCUUCUAUACCUGAUUUAAUAAAAGCUGGGAUAUGUUUCCAUAACUGUUCUGU